UAUGAAAAUUGUAUACUUUGAACAGGAUUUUACUGUGUUAUGCAUAGGGGAAAUUCCAGCUGAACCGACAACUUGUCUCAAAUCACCGAUUCUUAAGGUAAACCAUCGAUUUCUUACGGAUGAUAAGCUUCGGUUUGAUGGCCUCAAGACUUUUGGUACAAUUGAUCGUAACUAUGUUAAUCUCGAUGUAGAGUGCGUACAAGGUAUUAAAUCGGUAAGAAAAGUUAUUCCUAGUUUGUCAGCCGAAUUGCACAACUUAAAGAUUGAAAAGCAAAUGCCAAGAGAAGGUGUUGAAACGACAACGGUUUAUUUUAUAAUUGCUUUUGUUGCAUCAGUAAUUAUUUUCAUUGGCUGUAUUCUUUUCUAUUGUUUAAGAAUAAUUAAAAUGAAAUUUAGAAAAAAAGGUUUCAGGAGUGACAGUUUUACAUCAGUUUCCGGUGGAUACAAUUUGACAUCAGCCACAACUAUGAGGCAAUCAGCCGUUGAACGUUUGAGGAAGUUUGACAACAACUUAAACGAGAGUUAA